AUGACGACAAAUGCCACUCCAAGAAAUCCUCCGACUACAUUUUCUCCUCCAACCCUCGAAUCUACUCCACCUUCAAGAGUAGCCACUCCUCCUCUUACUGAAGAUGUUCCUGCCGAUACACCUCGAUUCGCAGAGCUUGAGGGUAUCCUUUCUCCCGUUCUCAUUCAGACCAUGACCCAGGAUCUCAAGUUUGACCAUAUGAUGCCUGUACAAGCUGCCACUCUUCACGAUUUGCUCAAGGAUCGCAUUGAUUGCUUAGCACAAGCCAAGACAGGAACUGGAAAGACUGUCGCCUUUCUCCUACCUGCCAUUCAGACUCUACUCAACAAGAAAACAGCCGGCUCUUCCAUCUCUCUCCUCGUCCUCUCACCAACCCGCGAACUUGCCCUGCAGAUUCAAAAAGAGGCUACGAAGAUUCUGCAAAGAUUACCGCAAUACAAGGUCUGCAUCGCAAUUGGAGGAACAAACAAAGAUACCGAAGAGAAGAAGAUCCUUGCAGGAUGCGACAUAUUGAUCGCAACUCCAGGACGUCUCCACGACCAUCUCAGCGACGAGAGAAUUCUUUGGGCUUUCCGCAGUCUCGAUACACUCGUGCUCGAUGAAGCAGAUCGUCUCCUCGACAUGGGAUUCAUGCCACAACUCAAGAAGAUCGUCCAAUGCCUCCCUGACAAAGCAAAGACGAAUAGACAGGGAAUGCUCUUCUCCGCUACGAUCGCACCUCACGUCAAGGAAGUGGCACAUUUGAUUCUCAACAAGAAUUAUAAGUUCAUAUCCACAAUCCAAGAAGGCGAAUUAGGUACCCACGAACGUGUUCCUCAACAUCUCAUCGUUGUACCCACUUUCUCGGAUGUUGCGGCAGCAAUGGUUGGCAGUCUGCGAGCAGAGAUCAAGCUCAACGGGGAGAGUACAUUCAAGGCUAUUGUCUUCGCACCCACAGCCGCUUUGGUUGAUUUCUACGGCGACAUCUUGUCUAAGAUGCGAGAUAUGCCCAACGUUUCGGUGCUUCAUAGCAGAGUUAGUCAAGGCAAGAGAACAGCAGCCACGAACGCGUUUCGAGAGGCAACAAAGGGUAUUCUGGUCGCCACUGAUGUCGUUGCAAGAGGCAUGGAUUUCCCAGGCGUCACAAACGUCUUCCAGGUCGGUAUCCCGUCGGACAAGGAAUCCUACAUCCAUCGACUAGGACGAACAGCUCGAGCUGGUGCUGAAGGAAGAGGAACCUUCAUCAUUUCUCAAGACGAGACCUUCUUUUCCCAAUGGACAUUGAAGGAAAUCACUUUCGAGAAGGCCCAGCCUGAUUUGAGGGCCACAGAUGAGGUGCUGAAGAUUGCGGAGAAGAUGGAGCCGGAACAACAUGCGAAGGUCUUUCAGGCUUGGUUGGGGUAUUAUAAGAAUCACACAAAGGGCAUGAAGUGGGAUAAUGAAAGAUUGGUUAGGGAGGGGAAUGCUUUUGCGUUGAAUGGUAUGGGUGCUCCUGAACCUCCAGGAAUUAGAAAGACAACUGUUGGGAAGAUGGGGUUGAAGGGUGUUAAGGGUCUGACCGUUAUUCCUGAUAUGCCAAGAGUUGGGAGAGCUGGUGGUGGCGGUGAGGGUCGAUCGGUUGAUUCUGGAGGGAAGGGAAGACGUGGUGGUGCUGCAGGUGGUGGAAGAGGAGGUGGAAAUGCUGGGUUUUAG